AUAUAUGUAGCUUAAUGUGGCGUCGCUGGCCGCCCUGGGCAGAGAAAACCACGGCUGUUGCUCUGGUUGUUUAGUACGCGAGACGACUGUUUAUUCCGAACAUAGGGGGCAUUUAGGGACUUAACGGUCAGUUUGUGUCUUAUUUCUCGCUCAUUUUCGCACAGUUUCUCAGAAGACAAUGAAUGGUAAAUCAACGAAUGGUUCGUUGGGGGGUAUGGCCUGUAUCGAGGGUCUACCCCCGCUGCCGAAGAGCCUGAGCGGCUUGCUGAACUCAAGCGGCGGCUCCUGGAGAGAAAUGGAGAGGAUGUACGUAAAGAAAACCAUGAUCCAGGACGACCUAAGCCGAGGCAGGAACAACACCGACAACCUGCUGGCCAAUAAGCCGGCUAACCUCGAUGCUGCUCUGGCUCUUCUGCGCAAAGAAAUGGUAAGUAUUCAAAUGAGCUGGCGAGAGGAAAGUGCUCCGCUUUUCAGCAUUGGUUUAUCGGAGGCUGGGUAAUCCUGACGCGUCGUCCCUAUCCAGCCGGACUCCCUAAUGAAACUGUAGUAGUUUGACGUUUCCUCGCUUUUGGCCAAAUUAACCCAUCUCUUAAUUCUUUUUUAAAGUUUCUACUAAGUUUUACAAUGCUUUUUAUUGAUUCGGCAUUUACUUUAAACAGCAUAACGUAGAUAAAAUGUCCACUUUGAGGUUCAUAGUGCUUUUCUCGCAGCAGACACUAACUGAUGUUGAUUGUACCGAGAAAGCCCUAAAAUGAGAGCAUUUUCGCAUUUCUAAUCAAACCUGUCAAGUUUAUUACAGCUUUUAUUACAGCUCUAGGCACGCCGAAAGUAGGAAUAGACUGUGUUAGUUCAUAUAUUUCACCACUGUAGCUCCACCUUUUGGACAUUGUUUUUUUUUUCAUCAAUAGAAAAUAACACACAAUUUUAUAAAUGGGAUCUGGCAUUGAACUCCCUUUUUUUUUUUUUCAAAAGAAAGCAGGAUCAGGAGCAGCUUUGCAGUGGAUGACACAAAUUAAAGCAUUAGGCUUGUAGUGAUUUUCAUUGUAAGCUGAAUUUAAUACCUUUUAGCGUAGGAGGGGCAAGGCUAGGUGAAUUAAUACAUGUUAUUUAAUUCCCUGAGGAGUGAAUAGAAUGAAACACUUAAUACACACCCUGUUCACUCCCUUGCCAGCAGCAGGGAUUUUCAUAACCAAAGCCAGACUAGGUUACAUUAUUAAGGUUUACUCCUCCGCAUAACAAUAGCCUGCCUCCUCAUAUGAAGAGGUUUAAAUGGAAAAGGUCAAACUGUUUUUGAAACUUUACCCCUUUUGGUUAUUGUCACAUGCUUACCUAAAUCCUAUGUGCACUUCACGUGCUUUACCCUCCCUGCAGCAAACUCCAGGAUACUCCAGCUUGAUUGCUUUGUGGCUGUUAAUGUAUUGCUUUGAGUUUGUAGUUGGGAUUGUAAAAUAAGUUGACAGUGUCCUAUAUUUGAGAGUCUGUAAGCCACUCCUCAGUCUGCAGAGCUGGCUCUCAGCUGUUUGAACUGACUGUGACUUGCAUGUCUGUCUGCCCACUGUAAUUUGUUUGAAAGACAAUGCAGUGACCCUGAGUUCAAACUGCACUGUCAGCUCAGUGCUAUGCAGUCGAAAUUCCCCUUUUAACCCUGCGGUUGACUUCAUUUGGUGUUGAGUUUAAAAGCCUCAUAAUGUGAAAUAGAGGCCAAACAAAGGAUUAUUUUCAUCUCCUUUUGACGGAUUAAAAAAACUAAAAAUAUAGGAAAAAGAAUCACUCUUUGUUAAUUUGUCUGACAAACACCUCAAAAACUUAAAGAGGUAAAAAAUGCUGGUAAUUGGCACUCAACAACCAUACUACUAUGGUGGAGUUCAUAGAUGCAAAAGGUCUAGUCUCAGAAACACACAUUUUCUAUCAAUUCUCUCGCUUUGUUGCACUUAGGUUAUCAAUAAAAACAAAAGAUGUUUAGUAGCGUAUAUAUAUAUAUAUAUAGAGAGAUAAAUCUGCCCAAAUAAUGGCAUUUGGAUAAUCGGAGAAGAGAAUUAUAUACCAGUUAUAAUGUAAUGUUUGUGGGAAUUUGCCUGUUUUCAUUACUUAGUGCUCUGUGAUCAUUGGUUUCUGCUGUGAAAAGCUGAUAUUUGUCAACCACUGGUGGCAUACCAGUGAAGGGACUGGCACAUGCCAUUGGCUAACCAAUGGCAUACCAGUGGCUGUGACAUAAUGCUGCUGACCCACCCAUGUGUAGUGCUGAUUUACUACCAACAUACCUUUUGCAUUUUAAAGGGAGUGUUUUGGCAUUACUCUUAAGUAAACGACUUAAAAGAUAAAUCUAUGAUCAGCCUUUUUUUGUCAAGAGAUUGUCAUCAAAUCAAAUAAUCAACGUGUUAACUGACUGUUUUAGCACUGACGCUUGCCAUUGUAUGGUUGCAGCACCAAAGAGAGAAUAUAUGAUUGUUCUUUUAAAGCGAUACUCAGUUAUUUUCUGACGAACCAAUAACCUGGAAGUAAUCAGUUGAUAUUUGAUAUGCUGCAACUUAGGGCCAACUGAUUAUUGACCUACUUGACAAAUCAGAGUUAAUAUUUAACAUUUGACCAGUUAUCUGUAUUUCAUCUGCAGAUUGCUGAUAAAAUCAAUUAAUUAAAAGCGAGCUACUUUCAUAUAUUAUCACUCUCAUGAACCACCAAUAACCCCUUGUUGCAUUUAUAGUCUUGAGUGAUGUUGAGUACAAAAUAUCCAGUCUUAGGUUUUUAAGAAAAAAAUCAUAAGUCAUUUGGGGCUAUUUUUAGAGUUUAGUACUUAGAGUCUAAGGAGGCCUUGUCUGAGUCUUGAGAACAUUAAUCCGGGAUUUUCACCAGAAAUAUGUUGCAUAAAUUACCUUAAGCAGUAUUAAGUUUGUUUCAGAUAUUUUUGGUGCUUUGUGAGUAAGCAUGUGAGCUGGAAUCUGCAGUGUCAAAACUGUACGUAAUCUGAACCCCGUCUUCUUCUGUUCUGUCCGGUUCCUUCCAGGUGGGUUUGCGUCAGCAGGACAUGUCCCUGCUGUGCCAGCUGUGGUCGUUGCACGAGUCCAUCCAGGAGUACAAGGGCAGCUGCCAGGACCUGAGCGCCGCCUCCAGCCUCAGCAUGAUGGAGAACGGCUACUUCGACGAAGAUGAUGAGUAUUAUCCUGAGCCUGGCGCCACUCCCACCGGAGAACAGCCAGAUGGAGAGGUCGGGGACGGGACAGCGGCAAAGAACGGGAGUGGCAUUGGCAAAGACGACAGCUGGGACUCCUUUCAUGUUACUAUCUGAGGCCUCGUUCUUCUACAGAGAGAUGCACAUCAUGGUGCAUUUUUGAGGGUUUAAAGACUAAGUUGAGCCCUGUCUGAAAACUUUUUUUCACUUCAAGAAAGAACUGUUUUGUUAGAGGUAGCAGAUCAUGGUAUCUCUGCACGAUAAUAGACACUAAAACAAAGCUCCAGCAGAAGUCCAAUCCCUCCUCAGGUGAAACACUCCCCUGCUUGUGCUGCAGAGGGAUAUUUUGCAGGAGCUUAAAGACUCGGUGCUUUGACCAGAACUCAGGAGUUGAGAUGGAUUGUACUCCAAGACUCCAUAUACUCAAAAUUAGGCAAUAUGAUUUGAUAUCUUUUUAUAAACAGCUCUGCCGCUGCUUCUCUUUCAAGCGUUUUUGCAAACCAGUUAUCCCUUUUUGCAGAACUUUCUUUUUUUUCUACAUUUAAAAAGAUCUAUGAACAAAGUUGUAUUAUUUAUUAUAUAAUAUAAAUAUCAAAAUAUUCACUUUCCAGUUACUCUCUGUGGACGUUUCGUACUGCAGCUCUACCAGGUACAAGAGUGCAGCAUGUACAGACCCUCUAAAUCAGGACUUCACAACUGAAUACAGUGAAUGAGACGUCUGUACUUCACAAUCAGUGUUGGUGCAAAGACACGAUAGACUUUAUGGACAUACUGGAGGACAAAGAUGGUGUGUGUGUUUUACUUUAAAUGGUGAAAUCCCUCAUUGACAUGAAUCAAGAAGAAGAGGUGAAAUCCCUAAACCUGUUUACAGUGUGAAAAUGUUGCAAAAGACGAGUGAGGGCUUCACUUUCUUUUCCGUUUUGGAGAAAACAGAUGUUUGCUCAGAAAAUGUGAAACACUCAAGAGUGCUGGAAAUAAUGUUAAUUGUUUGCAGAGGUCAUACAAAACCUGGCAGUGCAGGGUACCAGACUGAGGAUAGUGGGCUGGAAGAAGCCUUGCGUUAACUUGGACAUGACUUUUAUCUGACUGGGUGGUGGAAAAGGCCCAGAUUGUUCGUAUCUGGCAGGCGAUGCAUUAUAAAUCGACUCGGGCUUUGUUGUAGCUGUACACAAUAUUCCUCUAGAUAUAACACUUGUAUGCAUAUCUGACAGCUAAAAAAGCGUUUAACAGUGCAAGUAACACAAGUCAUUUUUUUUAAAGGUGCAAAUUAACUUCAGCAUUUCAACACUUAUCCAAGUAGCAGGUGUGUAUUAGCCGGCACUGUCUGAAAAUGAUCGGGAUAAAAUGACUUAUUUAGCUUUAUCCAUAUAACGAGCUUUGAAACCUUAAUCUUUGAUACGCUCUAAAGAAUUACUGUUAAGUCUGGAAUGUAAGGUGUAUGAGGUGCACUCAGUUUUGGGGGAAAAACAUUAAUGCUGCAUUCGAGUUACCUCGGAAGUCAGAUGUCGGAGCUGAAAAUAACAUCUCACCUGAGUUACCAGUGUUUCAGUUACUAAGUUGGAAAAAGACAAAAUCGGAGGCCUGAAACAAGAUAGCUACGUCUAUGAAAGUUAUUUUAGUGCUUGCCUUGUCCAAAUGUAACAAGGACAAGGCAACUGAAACGCUGGUAACUCAGGUGUGACGUCAUUUUCGGCUACGACAUCUAACUCCCGAGGUAACUCGGAUGCAGCAUAAGGCUGUCCUCACUAUCUUUUGAUUUUAAGGACUCUUCGGUUUAAGUAUCCUGGUGAAAUCAAAGUCCACAAUUUACUUGACAGAAUACCAAUGUUUCAUGAUUGAUAAGAACAAGCUGAUUAGAUAGUGGCGCCACUAGCAAAGCAGUUGCUAGCUUUUUCCAGCGCCAUCUACUGGGUAAUAUGCCCGAACGUGAUAACAUACCUGUCUUGUCGUUGGUUGCACCAGUGUAUUUCUUUAAGCUUGCUUUUUAUAUGACAAAAGAGGUGUUGAAAGUGUGUCUUAUACUCUAAAUUUUACGGUAAUUGCUGCCAGAUUUGAUAGACUGUGACUGGCUGUAAACACAUAAUCUCACAUUGUUUGCACUCUGCAGUUGGAUUGUGAAGGCCACCGUGUUUGGAGGGUUCAGUUUUGGUGUUAGAGACUUGUUUACCUUGGUCCCUGUGGCCUUCAGAUGUUGCUCACAGAGUAAACACGAAGCUGUUAACCUGAUAAAAGCUAUCGAAAUAAUACAGGGUACUUUCUACUGCUUUGUAUCCUUAUCUGAGCUUUUUUAGAAACACGUGCUCUGCGUAACCCGACCUGUAGGUAUACAAUACAGGCCCAAUACCAGCCUAAAUACUGAAUAGUAAUAUGAGUAAGUCUUAUCAGUGUUUUGACAUAUCUGCAGACUUUACAGUGGCUGUUUAACUACCUGAGUCUCUUCUAAAGAAGGACUUAUACCCACAACUAGACAAGGACUGGUCACUAAUGGUCUGUGCGGUCUUCCUUAUAAACCGAUAUCAGAGGUUUCACCUGAAACCUGUAGCAUGCCACACCACAGCUCCCAUCACAGCAGCUGACUCCGCUCACUCAACAUGACACCACGCUGUCAGCACCAAGAAGGUGUGGAGAGUUUCAGUCUUCAAUCAGAUGGAAUUCUAUCAUCUGUGAGUCUGUCGAACACAAACCAAAGAAGGGGCCGGCACUCUUAAUGUUUAAGGUUUAAGGUGCUUAAAAGACCCGAUCAACUCCUCUUGAAUGGUUCUUCUUUACUUAUAAGGUACAUCAUUACACCUGGUGUCCUGAAGAAUGUCUAAUCUAAUCGCUCUGCAAAUGAAUGGACUGAAAUACUUCUAUAUUUUCUCUGUCCUCUUAAGAAGUAGUGGUUGAAUUGCAUUGCAGUGAUAGUCACGCCGUCUUAAAAGAAAUGAUUGACAUGAGGUUUAAUUUCAUUGUUUUUGUAAAAACUGGUUUCACAGACUGACGAGUGAAAGUCUCAGCAGCUUUGUGAACCCUAAACACCACCUUGAGAUUAAAGUAUAAAGUCUGUCAUCACUUUUGAAACCCCUGAUUACAGGAGUCAUACUGGACUUGACAGGGUGUGACUUUAAAGGAAUAGUGACACUUUUUAGGACAUUUUAGAGCUGCAUAGUACUACACAUUACACCAUUGAAAAUUGCUGGUCAUAAUACCAUGGGUUUCUGCUUAUCUACAAUAUUAACUGUGUUUUAUGUAUAUCAAAUUCUGUAUUGAAUUACAGGCUGUCAAAAUUUUGAGUAACAAAGUCAAAUACAUUUUAUUUAAGAACAAGAAGACUGACUGCAGUAGAUAAGCAGAAGUCAACUGGACUGUAGCCUGAAGUUUUCAGUGGGGGAACAUGAAGCAGCUGCAACCUUUAUCCAAGCACCUCUGAAGCCCCAAAUACACUCUUAUGUCUUUUGUUUAAUAUAAAGUAGUUUUAUGAGGUGGUGUGUAAAAAAAGCAAUAAAAACUGUAGAAAACAGCGAGAUAAAAAAAAUAAUCUGUAUUUCUAAAAUAUAGAAGCUAUUCCUUUAACAGCCAAGAGUACAUUUCAAGCUUGGUAUGUGUUCCUCUGUCUCUGCUAAAACGAGUUGAAAUUACCGUUAAAGGGUAUUCAGCUCUCUCAUACACCAUCAAAACUGUAAACUCCACUUUGUUUAAUAUCCCAGUGAAAGGAUUCAAGUUAAAGAACAAAAAAAGACAUCGUCAAUGAGUCUAAAAAAAAGAGUUUCAGUACUUACUCCAUUGUUAUGAAAUAACCUGAGUUGAAUGUUUUCUCUGUUAUUUUUAACAGUAUGUUCAUUUUGUCUGUAUUUUCAAUCUUCAUUGAAUGCUAUGAACAUUGCCAACCAAAUUUAGGGGCAGUUAACCCCCCCUGUCACCAAACUCAAAGCACAUCUGAUUAAAAUGUAACCGAUUUAAACUGUUUUAUUUCAAAACCUGACCCCCCAACAUUUUAUUGGAUGUCUACACAAUGAGUGCCUUUGUGGAGCUUCGGGUGUCAGACCUGUGGCCUACUGAAGAUGGAGACGAGGGUUUAACACAAACUGCAAACCUGCUUGACACGCACUUGGAUGUCAAAGCUGCUGCAUGUAUUUAAUCACUAAUACUUAAACAGUUCUUGGAGAAGCUGCAGAAAGUAGUUGUACAUUGGUAUUUCUUUAAUCUAUAUUUAAAAUCAAAGGCUUCUUUUUUGGUUUUAAGAGGAUGCAGCUGUUGGGAGUGGUGCAUAUCUGAUGCUUCCUCCCUCUGAAACUCGAGUCGCUCCAGGCUCUUCUUUCAAAGAUGAGCAGGAUUCUUCCUGUCUUGCUUUCCAGAAACUGCUCACAUCAAACAUUUACCACAACAUAUACAAAAAUAACUCUUUGACAUGCGUUCCCUCAAAGUCAGUUUCCUCUUUCCAUGUUGCAGCUUUGACUUCCAAACCUCGCACCAGCCUUAAAAUCUGUCAUGUUAUUCAAAAGCGACACGGUGCACUCUUCACUCGCUUAAACACUGCGAGUGCUGCAAGCGUAAUUUUGCACUUGUUUGUGGUCCUUCUGUGUUGAAUCCUGAAAAACUAAAACUACCUGAUCCUCACUGAGAUGUUCCUAACACAAGCGCACAGUGCUUUUAACAGUGACGACGCUGUAACUAAAUCCAGCACAAGAGAGUUUGAUGAGCUGAGGAUGAAAACCAGCAACUUAUGACAAAAAAUGAGUGUUUCUGCUUUUAAACCCCUUUUUUCAUAUGAUUAUUGGAUGUGUAGUAUGGUAAUGUCAUCUCAGGGUAAACAUGUGACUCCUUCGCCCUGGAGGGACAAAAGUAUCCUUAAAUAUCUGAACACGAUUGUAAAGUGACACUGUGUGAUUUGGUGUUGUUUGUGUCCACAAAAGUAAGAGGCCAAAUGUGCUGAAGUACUUAGAGUAAAUUCAGUGGAUGUAUUUGUAUGUUGCUGUCAGAGCUUUCUCUAAAGACGCCAUUUUUGCACCAAAUUUAAACAAUCACAAAAAAAAUCUAAGUGUUUGUGACCUGAAGAAGUCUCCAAAUGACGAAAAUUUGGGUUUUCUGCUAAAAAAUCUGAUUUAUUCGACUGAGAUCAUCAUCCACCUUUUCCUCCUGAAUUUCUUGCCAGUUAUUUGGUUGCCAAAUGUCAUUGUGAAAAACCAGAAAAGUGAAAUAACUCUAAUGUUCGUCAUCAUUCAUUAAAUCACUAAACAAGGAAAGAAGGAUUUUAAUGUAUUUUGUAUUUCAUAAUAUGCAAAAGUUAAAGACCUUGAUGCAAGCUGUAUUACCAUCCAUCAUUACGUCUGUUCUCUAAUCCAUGAAUGACCAUACUGUCGUUUCUUUGGACAUUUAAUCUCUUAUCUUGUAACAGUUAUUAUGCUGGUAUGUAUUUAAUAAAGUGAUUUCAAUACUUCUGA